AUCAUUUUUAUAAUUAUUGUUUUCAAAAUAUGGGCCAAAGAAAUUGAUAGUGCUCAAGAUCUUCAGCAAGAAGAAUCUCUUCAACUUCCGGCCGAACACAGAGGGGACUAUGGAGUGGGAGAUUUUGGGAAUGGACUUGUUCCUCAAGGGCACGACCCCUGGCCUGGAGGACGGCCAGAUAUGGCGCAAAUCAAAGCACUCAAUGUAAAAUGUGAGAAAAAUCACAUGAAAGUGUACAUAGAAUUUGACAGACCAUUCUAUGGUAUGAUAUUCAGUAAAGGGCAUUACAGUGACCCUAAGUGCGUCCACUUACCCCCUGGAACAGGACACCUUGAAGCCAAAUUUGAUAUCUUCUUAGGAGGCUGUGGUAUGACCAGCAGUCAAGGUAACGGCUACAAUCAGCCAGAUCAAAGCACUGGAUUGUUUAUUGAAAACACAAUUAUUGUCCAAUACGAUCCUCAAGUUCAAGAGAUUUGGGAUCAAGCCAGAAGACUUCGAUGCACGUGGUACGAUUACUACGAAAAGGCGGUGACUUUUCGACCUUUUCAAGUCGACAUGUUGGAUGCCGUCACAGCCAAUUUCCUCGGAGAUAACAUCCAAUGCUGGAUGCAGAUCCAAGUCGGAAAAGGACCAUGGGCAAGCGAAGUAGCUGGAAUAGUUAAAAUUGGACAAACAAUGACUAUGGUUUUAGCUAUUAAAGAUGAAGAAAAUAAGUUCGAUAUGUUGGUAAGGAACUGUAUCGCACAUGAUGGUCAUCAUCAGCCCAUUCAACUUGUGGAUGAAUACGGUUGCGUUGUAAGACCAAAGAUCAUGAGUCCCUUCCAGAAAGUAAAGAAUUUUGGUGCUUCUGCUUCUGUGGUUUCAUAUGCCUAUUUCCAAGCCUUCAAGUUCCCAGAUUCUAUGAAUGUCCACUUCCAAUGUGUAAUUCAGGUGUGCAGAUAUGAAUGUCCUGUUCCACAAUGCGCUGGAGAACUUGGAGGAGGUUACUUACCUGCACCGAGGGAUCCAUCCUAUUCCGAGAACAAGUUAGUGUCAUACGCAAGUCCCGAUGGACACGCUGAAGCAAAUCCACAUCAAGCUCUCUUGGCCAGUGAUCAUGAUCAUGCGCUUGAUCAUCAUGUCGAAGCUGGUCAUGGUGGGGACAAAGAAUAUGGUCCAGUGUUCUUCAAUCGACAGGGAGAGCAAUUGCCUGGUAAAGGUAACAACAUCAAAGUUGGUGGUGGUUAUGGAGUUGGGGGUACGGGUGGCAUGCCUCGGUCUCUUAAAGAUCACAACAGGAAGAGACGUCAAGCCAAAGAGCAAAUGACGGAUAUUCCCACUCAGAAAGUCAUUCAGGUCGUAGCACCAGGCGAUGUUGCUUUCAGUUUGCCAAGCGAAGAGAAGGAGACUGUUGUAUAUGCCACCCGAGCCGACGGUGAAGGCAUUUGUAUGUCAAUACCUAGUUUUGCUGUUGCUCUGGUAUUCCUAUUGCUUCUAUUGGCCAUUUCAACUUUGGUGGCUGGAUUUCUGUUUAUGCGUGUCAAACAUCUCACAGCGAAGGAAGAUAAUUCAAUAUCUUACGACAAUACCGAAUUUUUAAAAGUAGCUGUACCAAUGGCUCAUUAG